UUAAAUGAAGUCCUCCAUAUCCCCGAGGCAACUCGAAACCUUCUGUCCGUCUCUAAACUCGACCAGACAGGGGGUAGAGCCAUAUAUGGCGAUCAGAAAGUCAGACUUGUAGAUAAUAUUGGCGAAAUUCUCGCGACAGGAAGAUUAAUAAACAACUUAUACUAUAUUAAAGGCAGACCAGUCCUUAAAGGGGAAAAAUCUUAUUUUGUCGAGCCAAUAGCUCAUACUUGGGAACAGUGGCAC